CCAAUCGAACAUACCGUUCCCACCUCUUUGCUCUAUCAAUUACAUUAUACCAAGAUCUUAUCAUUGCAAUAUCCCCAAGCAAGCUACGACUCCCACGUCUCAAACCAAAUUAUCAUGUGUUCCAGAUCAUUCUCUCCAGCUACCGACAUCCCUUCGCUCCAGGGAAAAGUCAUCCUCGUCACUGGAGGCAACAAUGGCUUAGGGAAGCAAACAAUCCUUGAAUACGCACGCCACGGUCCAGCUGAGAUAUGGAUGGCAUCCCGCAACCUUGACAAAGCAAAUGAAGCAAUCCGUGACAUCCACGCUCAAGUUGGCGGCUCCAUGGUCCCUGUCAUCAAGCCCCUUCAGCUGGACCUCAACUCCCUGGAGUCCGUCCAACGAGCAGCUCGGCAGUUCCUAUCAGAGGCGCGACGCCUUGACAUCCUGAUGCUGAAUGCUGGGAUCAUGGCGUGCCCGCCUGCCCUCACAAAAGACGGCUACGAGGUCCAGUUCGGCACGAACCAUCUCGGGCAUGCGCUACUCGCGAAGCUACUCCUCCCAAUACUGAAAGGGACAGCGGCGAACGACCCUUCCGCCGACGUCCGUGUUGUGGUUGUAUCUUCUGGGGCUCACACAAUGGCUCCCAAGGCGGGUGUUGUUUUUGAUUCCCUCAAGACAACCGCGGAGGACAUGGGAGGCAUGGAACGCUAUGGUCAAAGCAAAACUUCAAGCAUUCUCUGGACGCGAUACAUGGCUCAGAUGCACUGGGAUAUCAAGUGGGCAUCGCUGCACCCCGGAGUUGUGAGCACGGGCUUGCAAGCUGGGGCUGGCGGCGCCUCGCUACCUUUUCGCAUAGCCUUCAAGGUGGCCAAGCCGCUCAGAACGACAUUGGAGAAGGGCGUGUGGAAUCAGCUUUGGGCCUCAGUGUCACCUGAGGUGAAGAGUGGUACAUACUACGAGCCUGUCGGCGUGACAGGUAAAGAAUCGUCAAAAGCAAAGGAUAUGGCAUUGGCAGAAAAGGUCGCUCAAUGGACAGACGCAGAGCUAGAGCGGUUUAUGUAUUAA